AUGUCGGGGGGUCGCCUCGCCGUGGGAAAGAUCGGAGAGGGUCAGCCAGAGAAGAACGGGCUUCAGCAUGGUCAGGAAUUGCGCUUAGACCUUCUAGAUCGCUCCCUUCACAAGAAGAUUCCUGUGCAGGCUGGAGCCUCCAGCAUCUUCUACACCACUCGCCUCUGCCAGAGAUUGGUCCAGUCUAAGAGUGAGUUUGACCUCUCUGACCCCAACGGGUACCUGCUGAGCUCAGAGUAUAACAGCCUUCAUGACCCCAACCUGAGGAGAUACCUGUACCGCAAAGACGUCCACCAGCGACUGACCGCUGGAGGCUUCAUCACCAAGGAUGACAGAGUGGUCUGCUCUCUGAGAGAGAUGAACCGUUACAAACAGCACCUCAUGGAAGUCGAGAGAGACUGGACCCGAAAGCUGCAAAUAGAAAAGGAGGAUUUUGUGGCUCACCGUAUCAAAGGCUGCACUCAAGUCAAGCAGCAGAAGGAUGCUAAGAGCACCAAUAUCCGCAGACACCAGGAGGUCAUUAGUGACCUUUAUUAA